GUUCACGCGCUCAUUUGGUCGAGUUGAGUCUCGUGAAUCAAGAGCAAUGGCUCCAGUAACAGUUAAACGCGUUUUAAUCAGUGAAAGUGUCGAUCCGUGUUGUAAAACGAUUCUGCAGGAGAAUGGCAUUGAGGUGACGGAGAAACAGCUCAUGAGCAAGGACGAGUUGAUUGCAGAAAUUCAGAGUUACGAUGGUUUAGUCGUCCGAUCAGCAACCAAAGUUACAGCCGACGUCAUCAAUGCUGGCAGUAACUUAAAGAUCAUUGGACGGGCCGGAACAGGAGUCGACAACGUGGACGUGGAUGCAGCAACUAAAAGAGGCAUCAUUGUCAUGAACACUCCUAAUGGAAACACAAUCAGUGCUGCUGAACUCACCUGUGUACUUCUGAUGAGCUUGUCAAGACAUAUUCCUCAAGCUGUCAUGUCAAUGAAGGCUGGAAAAUGGGAUCGUAAAAAGUUCAUGGGUGCAGAGUUGUACGGCAAAGUUCUUGGAAUUGUUGGGCUUGGAAGAAUCGGCAAAGAGGUGGCGGAAAGAAUGCAGUCCUUUGGAAUGAGGAUCAUUGGCUACGACCCCAUCACCCCUUUGGAAGUUUCUGCGAGCUGGGGAGUGGAGCAGAUGUCUCUGGAGAAACUGUGGCCACAGUGUGAUUAUAUCACAGUCCACACUCCACUCAUGCCCUCCACUACAGGCCUCCUCAACGAUGCCACAUUUGCAAAGUGUAAGAGAAGUGUGAAGGUGGUGAACUGCGCUCGUGGUGGAAUCAUCGAUGAAGCUGCUCUCCUGCGAGCUCUGGAGUCGGGCCAGUGUGGAGGAGCGGGGCUGGAUGUGUUUGUGGAGGAGCCUCCAAAGGACAUGGCUCUUGUGAACCAUCCUAACGUCAUCAGCUGCCCUCAUCUGGGAGCGAGUACCAGUGAAGCCCAGGCUCGAUGUGGGAAGGAUCUUGCCCUGCAGAUUGUGGACAUGGCCAGUGGCAAAGCUUUAGUGGGAGCUGUGAAUGCUCAGGUGUUGGCCAGUACGUUCUCUCCUGACUCUCAUCAGUGGAUCAGGUUGGGAGAGUCGAUGGGUCGAGUGUUGAAGGCCUGCACUGCGUCUAAACAAACCUACUCUCAGGUCCAUGUCACAUCACUUGGGGAGUGUUUAAAGAAGUCCACUGGGUUUUUGAGCUCUGCAGCUGUAGUCGGACUGCUAACUGACAAUCUUCAGAAUGGACCCAACUUGGUGAAUGUGCUGCCCCUAGCUGCAGAGACUGGAAUUACUGUGAAGACGGAUCAUAAGGAGUCACAUGACCAUAAGGCCUGUGUGGUGGAGGUUUUCGUGAAUGGCAGUAGCUAUAAGGCUGUUGGCUCGGUACAGGCUGGAGUUCCAGUGCUGCUGCAGCUGAAUGGAAGUGUGUUUCGACAGCCUGUUCCUCUCACUGGACACCUGCUCUUCUUCAAGGCUGCUGCCUGCACUGAUCUCCUGCUCUCGGUCACUGGAGUUUUGGCUGCUGCAUGUGUGCAAAUGGAGUCAUUUAGCGCCUCUACUGCCAGCAGUGGUGACCAGUGGAACUGCAUGGGAAUAUCCUCGCUGCUUGGGGACAUUGGUGCCUUAAAGUCCUUUGUGAAAGAGGUUGCACAGCUCUCUCUCUAUGAAUGUCUGUGAAUUAUCCUGAUGGGAACCACUUAACAUUCCAGCGUCUAAAGCUCUAGCCAGCCUUAUGGUUUGCCAUUGCUCUCUAAUAUAUUGUUUACUAUAACACUACAUAACAUUUCCUAAAUCAAGUGUGAAAAAAAAAUAGUAUUUUUAUAUUACUUGUUUACUAAAACCACUUAUUUGUAUUGCAGAAAUGUGAAUGUGUUGGAUUAAACUCAAAUAAACAUCAGUGCUUCACAAUCGAGUGUUUUUUUUUUUUUUUUUCUGUUAUUCUACAAAUGGGGUGCAAUUUUUUAUUUUUUUUUUUUUUUUCUCUUACAAAUGACGAUGAUUAAAUAUCUGCUUAAAAAAUUUAAUAGGUGUAAAUGCAUGCAUUUUCUAAUCAAAUGAGCAAAAUGCUGUAUGUUUUUAAUACAUUUUUAUACAAGACUUUAUUGGCUUUCUUGUGUUUUCAAGUUCUUGCUAUAUUGGAAAAUAUGCUAUGAUGCUUUUGAUAAAAACAAAAUCUAUGGAGAAUAAAGCUAACAUUAGGAGUAUUAUCUAUGAUAACUAACAUUUUUAAAUAUAAUAUAUUAUUAAAAGAUUUUAAGUGGUGUCCCCAGAUAAUAAAUUAAUACUGUUGCCAUCAUAUUGUCCCA